AUGGAAGCCCGGGGGUGCGCGCGGUCCCGGCGGCCGCUGCCGGCGCUGCUGCUGAUCCUGCUGCUGGCGCCGGCCGUGGGUGCUGCAGGCGCUGCGGACGCGCGCUGGAGCGGGCAAGGCACCAUCCCGCACCUGCAGAGCAUCUUCCUGGGCCGCUGCGCGGAGUACAUUGCGGUGCUGAGCCCCGAGCUGCGGGACGAGAACUGCACAGCCAUCUGGGAGCUGGAUAAGGAUAUCUGUUCUGUGCUUCCCUCAGAUCAUGACCUUUUUAUUAACCUCUCCAGGCACUCCAUUCCCAGAGACAAGUCCCUAUUCUGGGAAAACAACCACCUCCUUGUCACCAGCUAUGCGGAGAAUGGCCGCCGCUUUAUGCCACUGUGCAAUGUUCUGUAUGGCAUGGUUGGAGAUUUCUUGAGCUAGUGUCGACAGAAAAAUGCCUCUGGACUCGACUACCAAUCCUGCCCUACAUCUGAAGAUUGUGAAAACAAUCCUGUGGAUUCUUACUGGAAAAAUACAUCCAUCCAGUAUGCAAAGGAUAGUUCUGGGGUGAUCUAUGUCAUGCUGAAUGGUUCAGAGCCAACAGGAGCCUAUCCUGUAAAAGGGUUUUUUGCAGAUUUUGAAAUUCCCCACUUACAGAAGGAUAAAAUCACACAUAUUGAGAUCUGGGUUAUGCACGAAAUCGGGGGAACCAAUGUGGAUAGUUGUGGCUCACGGGCUCUAGAGCGCAGGCUCAGUAGUUGUGGCUUUAAAUAUUACUUCUUUUCAUUUUAUAGACCAGUGAAGCUCUUAAAGUGUGUGCAACACAGCUCUCAUCCUGACUGUGCCUUAAAUUCAGAUGACAGCUAUUUUACCAGCAAAAUGGGCUUAUUUGGCAAUAGCAGAGUAAUUGCAGUUCGGGACAAGCAGGCUAUAGCAAAAGCCAUAGACAAGUCCAAUAAAUGA